UUACAAUCAUUUAAUGACGUCUUCUUCUUCAAUAUGCUUCAACCUCAUGAUGAAAACACAGAAAUCAAUGAACCUCAUGUGGAAGAUGACCUUUCAGACACUUCUGAUCAGGAUCCUGUGGACAAUACUACCUGGAUACUAUUAGAGAAAUUAUACAACUUUCUUACCAAAAUAUAUAAAGACAAUUUGUUACCUAAAUACACAAAAACCCAAAUACUUAAGAACCAACUACAUAAUGCAGAUAUUAUCUAUGAUGCUCUUGCAAUGAACAAACAUCUCUAG